AUGACCCCACUGCUGCUGGGUUGGGUGGCCAGGCUCCUGCUCCGGGCUGCUCGCGCGCGCCCCGAGACUGUGGGCUUGGAGGCGGAGCUGGGCCUGAGCAUGACGCGGCGGGCCUCGGGUGUUAGGCAGAGUGCUGGGGAGCCGGGGGGAGGGGCUGAGACCCAGGCGGCGUCCGGCCGUUGGCUGCCCCAGUGCCGGACCCGGCCUGCCACACUGCCCCCCGCAGAUAAGCUCUUCGGGAAGCGGCUGCUUCAGGCGGGACGCUACCUCGUGUCCCACAAAGCAUGGAUGAAGACGGUGCCCACGGAGAACUGCGACGUGCUCAUGACCUUCCCAGACACGACCGACGACCACACGCUGCUCUGGCUGCUGAACCACAUCCGUGUGGGCAUCCCCGAGCUCAUUGUGCAAGUCCGCCACCACCGCCGCACACGCGCCUAUGCCUUCUUCGUCACCGCCACGUACGAGAGCCUGCUCCGUGGCGCCGACGAGCUGGGCCUUCGCAAGGCCGUGAAGGCCGAGUUCGGCGGGGGUACCCGCGGCUUCUCCUGCGAAGAGGACUUCAUCUACGAGAACGUGGAGAGCGAGCUGCGCUUCUUCACCUCCCAGGAACGCCAGAGCAUCAUCCGCUUCUGGCUGCAGAACCUGCGCGCCAAGCAGGGGGAGGCCUUGCACAACGUGCGCUUCCUGGAGGACCAGCCAAUCAUCCCCGAGCUGGCGGCCCGUGGGAUCAUCCAGCAGGUGUUCCCAGUGCAUGAGCAGCGCAUCCUGAACCGUCUCAUGAAGUCCUGGGUGCAGGCCGUGUGUGAAAACCAGCCUCUAGAUGACAUCUGUGACUACUUCGGCGUGAAGAUCGCCAUGUAUUUUGCCUGGCUGGGCUUCUACACGUCAGCGAUGGUGUACCCGGCUGUCUUUGGUUCCGUGCUAUACACAUUCACAGAGGCUGACCAGACGAGCCGAGAUGUGUCCUGCGUGGUCUUUGCUCUCUUCAACGUGAUCUGGUCCACACUGUUCUUGGAAGAGUGGAAACGGAGGGGCGCGGAGCUGGCCUACAAGUGGGGGACGCUAGACUCGCCCGGGGAAGCUAUGGAGGAGCCGCGGCCCCAGUUCAGGGUCAGCCGGGGACUGCAGAGAAGCAGGGAAGGGAAACGGUGCUCGGGGUGGGGGCAGCCGGGCAGGGGCACCAAGAAAGAGUGGACCCCUGAGGCAAGGGCAUCCUGGAGGCCUCAACCCCACCACCCCCAGGAGCUGGUGCUGAGUGUGAAGGGGCUGCCGCGCCUGGCCCGCUUCCUGCCCAAGGUAGUGCUGGCCCUGCUGGUCAGCGUGAGUGCUGAGGGCUACAAGAAGCUGGCCAUCUGGCUCAACGACAUGGAGAACUACCGGCUGGAAAGCGCCUAUGAGAAGCACCUCGUCAUCAAGGUCGUCCUGUUCCAGUUUGUCAAUUCCUACCUGAGUCUCUUCUACAUCGGCUUCUACCUCAAGGACAUGGAGCGUCUCAAGGAGGUGAGGCCCCGCUCCAGGGGCAGCCAGUGGGGGGCCGGACCUGGCUCAGGGGUCCCAGGGCUCCCCGGCCUCUCCCCCCCCUCCUCCAUCCUUCUCUCCUCUCUGUCCGUCCGUCCUUGCGUCCGUCCAUCCAUGCGUCCUCUCUCUGCCUGUCCGUCUGUCCAUCUGUCCGUCGGUCCCUCCACAGCUCCUGCUCGUCCUGUCCCUGUCCCAGAGCCUCGAGCGGCAGCUGCGGGCAGUACUGGUCCCGCUCGUGGCCCUGCGGUUCCGCCUGCUCCUCCUCUCCCUCCGGGGCCUCCUGCUCUCAGCCCGGGCCAAAGUAUGGGCAGGGGAGGGCGGGGAGGCCCCCUGGCGGGGCUGGCCCAUGCCCUGCUUGGCGGCCUGAGCCUCUGGCGCCCCGCUUCCCGCCACCCCGAACCCCAGGACUACGAGGGCGGCAGCAGGGCAGGGGACCGAAGAUGUCUUAGUGGGGGCUGUGGGGCACCGGAGGAGGAGGAGGAGAGCACCACGGUGGAGAGCAGGCCCACAGGGGAGGGCGGGGAGGCCAGGGAUGGGCCCGGGGGUGCCAAGGAAGGGGAUGAGGAGGAUGAGGAGGAUGAGGACGGCGUGGACGAGGACGGCGAGGGCGAGGAUGUCGGCCUCCUGGACUGUGGGCUCCGGCUGAAGAAGGUCAGCUUUGCCGAGCGGGGCACCAGGCGGCACCGGCCUGCUCCCGGCCCUGAGGCGCUCCUGGAUGAGGGCAGCCCCACCAUGGUGGAGAAGGGGCUGGAGCCGGGCGUAUUCACCCUGGGCGAGGACGAGGACGAGGCAGAGGGGCCUCCCGGGAGCCCCGAGCAUGAGCCCCCGACCAUCCUGCUCCGCCGGGCCGGGGGCGAAGGCCAGGACCAGGGCCCCGAGGGAGGCCGAGACCCCGAGCCCGGCUCUGGCGACCCCACAGGGAAGCGGAAGCCGCAGCACCGCUCCUCUUGGAUUGACCCACCUGACGAGGAGCCCUCACCCCAGCUCACACAGGCAGAGAAGGCUUCCCAGAAAUUGUUUCAGGACACCUUCCAGGACUACCAGGAAAUGUUCGUGCAGUUCGGCUACGUUGUGCUCUUCUCGUCUGCCUUCCCGCUGGCUGCACUCUGUGCCCUGGUCAACAACCUCAUCGAGAUCCGCAGCGAUGCCUUCAAGCUGUGCACGGGGCUGCAGCGGCCCUUUGGCCGGCGCGUGGAAAGCAUCGGCCAGUGGCAGAAAGUGAUGGAGGCCAUGGGCGUGCUGGCCAUCGUGGUGAACUGCUACCUCAUCGGGCAGUGCGGGCAGCUGCAGCGCCUGUUCCCCUGGCUGAGCCCGGAGGCGGCCAUCGUGUCUGUGGUGGUGCUGGAGCACUUUGCUCUGCUCCUCAAGUACCUCAUCCAUGUGGCCGUCCCUGACAUCCCAGGCUGGGUGGCCGAGGAGAUGGCCAAACUUGAGUACCAGCGGCGCGAGGCCUUCAAGAGACAUGAGCGCCAGGCACAGCACCGCUACCAGCAGCAACAGCGGAGGCGGCGGGAGGAGGAGGAGCGGCAGCGCCACGCAGAGCACCAGGCCCGCAGGGAGCGCGAGGCUAGUGGCCAGGAGGAGGCGAGGGCCGAGGGAUCUGGGCUUGAUGCCGCAGCCGCGCCCACACUCCCGCCACAGCCCCUGGCGGGGGACGCCAGCUUCUACAGCCUCCCCCAAUUGCCAGAGCCCCCUGAAGCCCCUGCACCUGGCCCAGGCCCCAGCCCCAGCCCGCAGGCGGUAUGCUGGCCCAGCGGCUGGCACUAGCUCCCACCUCCUGUUAUAUGCAACAGUCAGCAACGCGGGCAGCCAGACCCGACCCUCGCUGCCCAGCACGGCUACCCCAAGGCGGGGGCCCCUCUGCCGUUUUCCUUUCAACCAGGAUGGGGGACAAAAGGAGCCCCAAAAUCAAUAGAUGACACCCACACAGAAUAGGCGAUUAUUUAUUUGGUUUUUAAUUUAUUUUGUCAUAUUUUUGUAAAACGGCAGCAAUGCAAUAAAAAGUCUAUUUCGACAGUGUCCGGGGUGAGAGCAGAGCCAGGGCGGAGCCCGGGAGGCUGGACUGGCUGGGCUGUACCGCGCUGGGGUGACACCCGACCUGAGCUGCCAAGCCUGGGGUGCCCCCACCCUGGAUAAAGGAAGAGAUCUCCAAGCGCCCAGAGCACCGGGCAGCGGCUGGGGUGGGGGUCCUUGCCAUGCUGAUGGAUCAGGAGAUGACAUUUAUGGAGCCAACCCCGCGGGAAGGGGCGGACACAGACACCAGGGGCUUCUGAGUCAGGACGGGGGGACUAUGGGGACUGUUGGGGGGACAGCUGGCACAGGGAAGCCAGGGUGGCCAGCCCUGGACAGCAGUCAGACGUGAGCACUGGGACCUCAUGUGGGGACAUGGGAUGUGCCCGUCCACAUGGAGACGGGGCUCAGGGCCAUGGGUGUGGGGUGACAUCGGGUAAGGGAGUCCCAGCAGGCCAGGCCAGGACACCGCCCAGGAAACAGGAAGUGCUGCCCGCACAGGGCGGAGAGACCAGGUCAGAGGGGACACAGCCCUGGCCCGCCCUGCCCCCAUCUGUCAACAAUCGGGAGACACCUGGGGCCCACUGGGGUCAGCCUGGCCCAGCCCACACCAGGACUGAUGCCCCACUGCCAGCCGGGCACCACUGCCGUGGCAACACGGGGUCCCUCCCUGGCACCUCCAUGGCUGUAGCCCAAUGCCCUCACACCUCCGGCGCCCAGCAAUCAGCUCCCCACACCCCGGCCCCGACACAGCAGAGCCCACAGCUGCGUCACUGUCACAGACUCGCCAGGGCACGCGCCCGUGGGCAGUGUCCUGGGCCGGCCGGGUCCUUGGGCUGAGGUGGCGGCCUUGACGUGGGGCCGCAGCAGCUUAGGAGAAUCCGCUGGUCCAGGGGCCACGGCCCGACCCCUCCUCGUUCCUCUGAGUGAUGACACUGGACACUGGACAUGGGCUGCAUCCUCGAAGGCCGACGUGGGCGGAGCAAAGACGCGAGGUGGAAUAGGAAAGAUCCUUUAUUGGGGAGCACACGGAGCACGCGCGAGUCCAUGAUGAAACGCUAACAUCCGGGGCGCGCUGCCCUCACGGGCCCACAGGCCACGCACUGUUCCCCCAGCCCACCCCU